AGUACAUCCAGGAGAAAGGAUCCCGAAAAAUCGCGUCCUAAAAGUUUCCAAAUUCCAAAAAAAACAGAGUUACCGAAUCAAAGGGCGUGCGAGCAUCGCAUAUCAAGGAUGAAACACUCUGCACAAUCAGAGUGUUGUCAGUCGGGCGCACAAGAGAUACGAGCGAUGAGUACCUCGAACGCGCACGCGCGUGUGUUCAGUCGAGGAGGCUCAGCCAUCUGGGGUGUAUCUACCAAGACGCGUCUCUUCCCUUCUAAGAGUCUUGUGAGAAGUUGAAGAUGGAACAGGAGGCGAAGGUGACGGACUUCCAAGACCACGACAGCUCCGCGUGGAAGAAGUUCAUCCUCCUGGUCUGGAAGAAUUACGUAAUCCAGAAGCGGCACAAGAUCCAAACGGUCGUGGAGAUCACCCUACCCCUGCUCUUCACGUGUCUCCUCCUCGUCAUCCGCGUCGUCGUCAAGCUGGACGUCGUCACGGAGCCCACGAUAUUCCCCGCGUUCCCCGUCGAAGUAAAUUCGCUCGAAGAUCUUAACUUCACAUGUAAGAAUGAGGCAUCUUUCGGAUUCAAGCGGUGCCUCGUGGCUUUUACGCCAAACACAAGCGAAAUCAUUGAACUCAUGGGGAAAGUGGGGUCGACACUGAAUGUUACAACAGCAGGCUACCCGACGGAAGCAGCCAUGGUGACUGCGUUGGUGGAAAACACUCGUCCAGGCAAGUCUUCCUCGUCUCGAGACUCCAAGGGGAAGGUAUUUGGGGAUGGAAAGUGCGAUCUGUUCCACGGUUUGUCCCGGAAUCGAGACCUUUUCCCUGAACAUAUCCAGGGAUCCUUCCGAGCCGGCGUCGUCUUCAACGUCGCCUCCCUCUCCAACCAGACCCAGAUCCAGGCAAUUUCCCUCCCUGUCUCCCCUCGCGUCUGCCUCCCCGCGCAUCCACCGACGUCUCCCUUCCCUUUGCAUCAGGUCUCGCUGAGAUUCCGAGCCGUCCCGUACGAGAUGAGGAGUCCCUUGGAUCCGAUUCCCACGUGGUUGACGGACGGCCUUUAUCCCGUUUUUCCAAGGCCGGGACCAAGGUCCUUCGCAGAUCCUUACGGAGGAAAACCAGGCUACUACGAGGAAGGAUUCCUCCUGCUCCAGCACACCAUCUUCAAGCAAAUCGCGAAUUUCUGGCACUCGGUCGGUCUGAACGGCUCGGAGUGGCCGUCGGAGGACGACCUGCAAGUCUUCCUCCAGCGAAUGCCCUACCCCCCCUACGUAAAAGACGCGUUCAUUUUCGCCGUCGGCGGCUGGCUCCCCCUCGUCCUCAUGCUCUCCUUCAUCUACCCGGCCGCCAACAUCAGCAAGAGCAUCACCCACGAGAAGGAGAAACGGCUCAAGGAAUCAAUGAAGAUGAUGGGUCUCCCCAACUGGCAGCACUGGCUGGCCUGGGCUUGCAAGGCGCCGGAUGGGACGAAGCUGGCCGUUCUGGACAAAUCCGAUCCAUUCCUCGUCUUUUGCUUCCUCGUCACCUAUGCCCUUGCCACGAUCGCCUUCGCCUUCCUCGUAUCCACAAUUUUCUCUAAAGCGAAUUCGGCGUCGACAUGGAGCGGUCUCCUGUGGUUCCUCACCUACAUCCCGUUCACCUUCCUCGACCCCCGAUACGAGCAGCUGAGUCUCGACAUGAAAUUAAGCACGUCCAUCUUCGUCAACAUGGCCAUGGCCUUCGCUGGGAAAAUCAUCGGACUCUCCGAAGGCGCUGGGAAAGGGGUACGCUGGGAGACUCUAUGGGAACCAGUGUCGCCAGACGACGACUUGUCGUUCGGCCACAUCAUGCUCAUGUUCCUCGUGGACAUCGUCCUCUAUCUCGUGAUCGCUUGGUACUUGGACGCCGUCUUUCCAGGUUCCUAUGGGGUACCGCAGAAACGGUACUUCCCUUUCCAGAAGAGUUACUGGCUGGGAAGCAGGCAGAAGAGCACGGCGGAAGCGACGAGUGCCCCGAGGGCGAGGCCCGACCUCUUCGAGGAGGACCCGGAGCAUCUCAAACCUGGCAUCCGCAUCAUGGAUCUUUCCAAGAUCUACAAGGGGGAGAAGUUGGCGGUGAACGGCAUGAACCUGAACAUGUACGAAGGCCAGAUCACGGUCUUGCUGGGUCACAACGGAGCCGGAAAAACAACCACCAUGUCCAUGCUCACCGGCCUGUAUCCACCCACGAGCGGGACCGCCCUGGUGAGCAACCACGACAUCCGAACUGACAUCGGAGGCGUGAGGAAGUCCCUGGGACUCUGCCCCCAACACGACGUCCUCUUCGACGAACUCACCGUCGAGGAACAUCUCAUUUUCUUUUGCAAGCUGAAGGGACUGCCGAAUGACGAAGUUCCAGGCGAGGUCGACAAGAUGAUCCGGGCCGUCGGCCUGGAAGACAAGCGACGCAUGGAGUCCCGGACACUCUCGGGAGGAAUGAAGAGGAAGCUCUCGGUCGGGAUCGCACUCUGCGCCCACUCCAAGGUCGUGAUGCUGGACGAGCCCACCUCGGGGAUGGAUCCGUCGGCGAGGAGAGCCACGUGGGAUCUGCUCCAGAAAGAGAGGCGAGGGAGGACGAUGUUGCUCACGACGCACUUCAUGGACGAGGCGGACCUCCUCGGGGACCGGAUCGCCAUCAUGUCGGAGGGGGAUCUCAAGUGCGUCGGGUCAUCCAUCUUCCUCAAGAAGAAAUUCGUGGAGAGAAACGAGAGCGAGGGAAGGCUGACGCUCUACGCCCAGCAGAUGUAUGCCAUGCUGGUGAAGAAGUUUCUCAAUUUCUUCCGGAACAAGGCCCUCAGCAUCACCCAGAUACUGACACCGAUGUUCUUCCUGGUGAUCGCCCUCGUCGUGGCCAAGACGUUACCGGGUGUCCAGGACUCCCCUUCUCUUCUCAUUUCACUCAAACCGUACCGAAACCCGCAAGUGACGGCUGGGCGCGAGGAGGACGUGUCGCCUUUCCUCGAGGACGUCUUCGACACUUAUGUGAAUUAUCUGAGUGCUGACCUUGGGGAGGAGGUGUACGUGCCUGUCGACGAGACCGUGGAGGAGUUCCUCAUCGAAAAGGGGAAGGAGGAUGUGUACUCCUACAACCUGAGGUACGUGAUGGGGUCGACGUUCGUGAACCAGACCGUCAUCGUGGCGCUGUUCAACGGGAGGCCCCUGCACUCGCCCCCGCUGACGCUGUCUGGGCUGGAGAACGCCAUCUUCAAGACCCUUUUCAAUUGGUCCUUCUCCGUCUCCGUGGUGAACCACCCGCUUCCCCUCUCCGAGGACGAAGAGUUGGAGAAUUUAGCACACACGGGAGGAGCAUCAGCGGUGGGAUUCGAAGUGGGAUUCAACCUGGCAUUCGGCAUGAGCUUCCUCGUCUCGGGCAUGGUCAUCUUCCUCAUCCGGGAGCGGGUGACGAAGUCCAAGCUGCUGCAAUACGCGUCGGGUCUUCGCUUUUGGCUCUACUGGGCCUCCGCCUUCAUCUGGGACUUUGCGGUGUUCAUGGUCACCGUGGCUGGGAUCUACCUCGUCUUCGUCCUCUUCAAAGAGGAUGGAUUCACCAAAUCCGAAGAGCAAGCGAGGAUCGUGCUGUUGUUCGCGGCCUACGGUUUUGCCGUGAUCCCCAUGACGUACCUCGCCUCGUUCCUUUUCACCAUCCCCGCCACCGGAUACACCCGAAUGAGCAUGUUCAACAUCUUCACUGGGGUCGCUGCUCUGUUGACGGUGGUGGUCCUCCAAAUCCCGGAUUUGGAUUUGGUGGACGUGGCGGACACUCUGGAGUGGGUAUUUCUGAUUCUCCCUAAUUUUGACCUGGGCAUCGGAAUCAACUACCUCUAUAGCAAUGGGAGGAUCAACGAAUUGUGUCCCAAUUCUUGUAUGGACCUGGAAAUACCUGGACUCGGGCUCUUGAACUUAUCUUUGGAAGAAUGCUGCGAAUGUGCCCAGAUGUUCAAUGUCUCCAAUCCCUGCUGUGGACCGGUGACGGGCUUUUGUGGCUUUAAUCUGACCUGCCUGGACUGGUCGACUAAUUUCUUCGCUUUUAAAAAACCAGGAGUGGGAAGAAUGGUUUUAGCCUGCGUCUUCUUGGGCGUUUUCUUCUUCUUUCUCCUUACCCUCAUCGAAAUCAAGUUCCUUUCUCACAUCUACAAUCUCCUCAAGGAUCGCCUUAAGAAUCGUGGACGUAAAGAAUGGCCAUCUAAGAACGAAUUGGAAGACGAGGACGUAUCGGAAGACGAGGACGUAUCGGAAGACGAGGACGUAGCCAAGGAACGAUCACGAAUCUUACAAACGCGCAAGGAGGAACUCAUUCAAAGCGAUAAUCUCAUCCUCUACAACCUGACCAAGUUCUACGAUGACUUUCUGGCCGUGGACCGCCUGUGUCUGGGAGUGCCAAAAGGAGAAUGCUUCGGCCUGCUAGGUAUCAACGGAGCCGGGAAGACGACGACGUUCAAGAUGAUCACGGGCGACGAGCCCAUCUCCCACGGGGAUGUCUACCUAAAUCAAUUCUCAGUCCGGCGGGACGUGAAGAGCGUGCAGCAGCGCCUGGGCUACUGCCCACAGUUCGACGCCCUCAUCGACCACAUGAGUGUGGAGGAGACGCUGUGGAUGUUCUCCCGAUUGAGGGGCAUCCCCGAGUCCGACAUCCGGCCCCUCACCCAGAGUCUCAUCUCCGACCUUCUGCUUAAAAAACACAGCCAGAAACUCGUCCGGGAACUCAGCGGCGGGAACAAGCGGAAGCUGAGCACCGGAGUGGCGCUGAUCGGCGACCCCCCGAUCACGUUCCUCGACGAACCGACGACCGGGAUGGACCCCGUCGCCAGGCGACUCCUCUGGGACUCCAUCGCCCGGGUCCGCGACUCUGGGCGGUCCAUCGUUCUCACCUCGCACAGCAUGGACGAGUGCGAAGCCCUGUGCACGCGCCUGGUGAUCAUGGUGAACGGGAGGUUCCAAUGUCUGGGGUCUCCCCAGCACCUCAAAGGGAAGUUCGGUCAGGGCUACACGCUCAUCGUCAAGUUGAAGCCCGAGAAUCUUUCGAGGGAAACCGGAGCUGUCAGGCCCAGCACCACCGCCAGUGUCCUCCAGAGACGGAGCAGCAGCGCGAAGGCGAGGGGAAGGCGAUCGAGCAGCCUGAAGGAGAGGGUGGACGAGGAGCCCACCACCAAGCGACUUCACGAAUACGUCAUGGAGAAGUUCCCAGGUCUGUCCCGCAUCUGCCUCCAUCCAGGAGAAAGUUUCGUGCUCGGUGCCGAUGCUCCUCGCGGUCGGAGGAGGAAACGACGGAAGAGGUUCCGU